CGCGGCCGGCUCUGGACGCGCUAAGAUGGCGACUCCCAUGCAUCGGCUCAUAGCCCGGAGACAAGCUGAAGCAAAUAAGCAACACGUAAGAUGUCAGAAAUGCUUAGAAUUUGGACAUUGGACUUAUGAAUGCACAGGGAAAAGAAAAUACCUGCAUCGGCCUUCUAGAACAGCAGAACUAAAGAAAGCUUUAAAAGAAAGAGAAAACAGAUUAUUAUUACAACAAAGCAAUGGAGAAGCUAAUGUAGAAAGAAAAAACAAGAAAAAAAGGUCUAAGAGUAUCACCAGUUCCAGUAGCAGCAGCAGUGACAGUUCCGCUGACUCUUCAUCAGAGAGUGAAGAAUCGUCUACCUCAUCAUCCUCCGAGGACAGUGACACUGAGGAGAGCUCUUCCAGUUCAUCCUCCUCAUCCUCCUCCAGCAGCUCUUCCUCCUCCUCAGAUUCAGACUCAGAUUCCAGCUCUUCCAGCAGCAGCAGCACCAGCACAGAGAGCAGCUCGGACGAUGAGCCCGCAAAGAAGAAGAAAAAGAAAUAAGCGGAGGCAGCCAUACUGGAUGGAUGGACUAACAAUAACGUGACUCUCAGAAGGGAACUGAGAAGUCAUUAGACCAAAUAGAUUCACUUGUCGAAAUUUCUAGAAUUCAAGUUUUUACAUAUUUUACAUUGUAAGAGCAUAAAAAGUAAUAAUAAUGCAUUAUAUAUGUAUAUAUACAUGUAUUCCUAAAAGACCUUAUUUUAAGGGUGAAUCUUCUUUUUUUUUUUAAAUCUCUUGAACUUAAUCAGAGCUGAAGUCCAGUAAAUCUGUUUCAUGAAGAAAUUUGUUAUCUUUUCUCCUAGUGAAAUGAAUAAAUGCCGUACUUUGUAUGUUUUCAGGAUAAUGUGUUCAGACUAUCUGGCAGUGAGUGAAUUUCUAAUGCUUUUGGCUCGGUGUUACUAUGUAAUAUUUAAUACGUUGUACUAUAAGCUUAGGUGUUUUCCUACUGUUAAUAAAUGUGCUUUAUUUUUA